UAGAAUAAGCACUUUAUAAACUCAUGAAUGAACAUAUUUUCAAGGCACUUAGCUUUGGCAAAUCAACAUCCAGAAGCAUCUUUGUUCUCAGUACAGCUUUCACAGCGAGGCUUCCUUUCAACUUCUCCAAUCCACCUUUCACUUUUAGAAGCUCAAAAAUUUGCUUGGAGAACACGUAUUGUGUCAUCACAAGAUUCAAAGUCUUUCCCCGGUCCAUUUAUUGUGGUUGAAAUUUCAAGGGGAAUUGAGGAUGGCUUGUCAAUUUCUGUCUCUCCUCUAUUAAAAGUACACAAUGAUACUGAUUUCUCUUUGGAGCUGCGUUUUCAAAGGCCUCAGCAUGAGGAAACUGACUCUGCUACUCUGGUGCUAAAAGCUGGAGAUGUGCUUGAUGAUUCCAUGGCAGCAUUUGGUGCCACUGAUUUGUCUGGUGGAUUGAGAAAGGCAUUGACAUCUUUGAGUGUUGGAAAUUUCGUAUUCUCUUUUAGACCUGAUAUUGCCACUAGUAUGAAAAAUUUUAAGAAUGAAACAGUGGAAUGGUCAGAUGAACUUAAGGGUGGAAAACCUGUAAGUCUAUCUGGGAUAUUUGAUAAAUUGAGUUACCGGGUGAGGAAGGCAUUUUCUGUGGAGUCGGAGAAAUCUUCCCUGAGCACUGCACAUUGUGCUCUCAAAUCUGAAGGAGGUCAUAUUUCUGAGAUACAUUUUCUUAUACAAAGCAUCAGGAAGGAUGUACCUGUUAUGCAUCUAGAUAACUUUGGAUAUGCUUCUGCAAAUAAAAAUCUUCCAGUUGCCCUGCAAGAACAGAAGGAAAUUUUUCUUCUUCCUACCAUUAAGGUCUUCAAUUUAUUAUACACCGAAAUACAUGUGAAUUUGACUGAUGGAGAUCCACUUGCUACCAUGGACCAUGGCGACUUGUGGAGUUGCUCAACUAUUCCUGGUGGAUCAACUGUUAACUUAUAUGCUAACCCGGCCACUAUAUACUUCACUGUCACUUUAACAUCCUUUGGUUCAAGUUGCAAACCAGUCAAUAGUAAAGACUGGGCGAGGAAAUUACAGAAGCAAAAAAGUGAUGUCUACCAUUUGGACAUUGAGUUGGACUUUGGUGGUGGGAAGUAUUUUGCUAUUUUGAGAUUGUCUCGUGGGCAUAGAGGCGUAUUAGAGGCUGCUAUCUUUACUACAUAUGCAGUGGAAAAUGGCACAGAUACACCUUUGUUUUGCUUUUCUGCUAAUCAGAAGCUUCUGGUUAGGUAUGAAGAAGAGAUGGCCUCCAAUAUACCUCCCGAACUGGGGUCGUAUUUGCCCCCAAAAUCAAUCAAAUCAUGGUUCAUGAAGUGAGUGCAUUGCUUCUUAAGCAAGUGCUCUAUAUUUUAGUAAGGGUAUCCUGUUUGGAGAUAGAGCAUGUUUGGCAAAGCUUAAAAAACUUGUUAAUGUGGUAGAGGGAGGGCCUAGCAUCAUUUUACACUUCCACAGGUCUCCAACAACUGACCUCCCUUAUCGGAUUGAGAACUAUCUA